AUGGCGCGUUCGACCAGCCAAGCCUAUAGGCACUUCCGCACCGCCCUCGCCUUGUGGCCCAAGGAUAACCUCCGCCCCGAGACCCAGUUCAACGAGAUCAUCCAGAGAGGCAUCGAGAGGAGGUACACGACGCCCAAUAUCGUCGACGAGGCCAAGGAGCUCAAGCAGGUGAAUGCGCUAUACGCGCUUGCCGACGACCGCUUCAAGAAGACGUUUCCCCUCAACGGUGACCUCCUUCGGCCCGCGAGCCAGCCGACCUACUUCCAAGACCUAGUGAGAGAGCUUGAGGAGGCCCCGACCCGAGGCUGGCUCAAGAACAUGUCCAAGAAGUUGUCCGGCAUGUUCCGGUUCCAAUAG